AUGGGUCUGAUCCUGGGGGCCUGUGCUGGGGGACUGGUGGUCCUCAUUCUGCUGCUGGGGGCCAUUGUCAUCAUCAUCAAGAAGGGGUGAGUGGAGGGUCGUGUGUGCGUGUGUGUGUGUGUGUGUGUGUGUGUGUGUAAAGGUGAUUGUGAUCGUUGAGGGGGUCCAGAAAGGGGCCUAUCUUUGGCUGUCUCUUAGCUGCCUAUGUGACUAACUAUGUCCUAUUAGGGAAGGCAUUUCUCCAUCACAUCUUGGCAGGCUUAGUCCAACUCAAUUCAAUAGGGAGUUAGGUAGGUAAUGGAGAGUAUAUUACUUCCAGAACUACACACAUGGCUGGGUAUUAUUUGUGGGAUGCUGUGCAGUUAUAGAUGCCAAGCUUUUUGCGUAGAACUAAUUUUCUAAUUUCAAGCUCUGUUGUCUAUUGGCUGCACACACAUAGCCCAGAAACUCCAAUAUACACUCCAGCGUCAUUGGCCAAGUUCCACCAGGAAAUACUGCUUGGCAGUACUGUACUCUCCUCCUGUCCUCGUCUCUCAUCCUUUAUUGCUCUUCUCUCACCCUUUCCUCUUCUCCUCUGCCGUUAAAUUGGGAGAAUAACACUCAGUGUGUAAUAUUCAUCAAGGGCCAUGAUAUUCCAUUGCCCUUUCAAGUCAAAGCAGAUAUAAUAGCAGCAUCUGGGUUGGUGUGCAGUGCUCCGUGAACUUGGUGCCUGUGGCUGAGCCAUUCAUUGGAGAGGAAGGUUGUUGUUGCCUUUCGGAUAGAAUUACCACCUCAGGUUUUCUCAUGAUGAAGGGAUACCUGUCAGAGAAGCAGGGUUGGACGUCACAGGGAGAAGCGUGAUAGAGACAGAAAUUGUUAAUUAUGUAAACACAAUGGCAACCAGCUAACCAACCACCAGUAGAACGUUGAGCUAACUGUACCUUGGUUGAUAACUGUAUGUGUACCUGUGCUCCCUGGCAGAUUAUUCAUGUAAGUGAUCUAUUUAGCUAGGAACCCAGUCAAUGUCACAGUUGUACUAUAAUUUAUCUGCUGCUGCAUGGUCGCUUGACUUGCCUCCAUAAACAUACAGGUAACUGCCAAAAGGAACAUAAAGUGUCUUAAUAGGGCGUUGGGUCACCACGAGCCAGAACAGCUUCAAUGCAACUUGGCAUCGAUUCUACAAGUGUCUGGAACUAUUUUGGAGGGAUGCAACACCAUUCUUCCACAAUAAAUUCCAUAAUUUGGUGUUUUGUUGAUGGUUGUGGAAAACACGGUCUCAGGCGCCGCUCCAGAAUCUCCGACAAGUGUUCAAUUGGGUUGAGAUCUGGUGACAGAGACAGUCAUGGCAUAUGGUUUACAUAGUUUUCCUGCUCAUCAAACCAUUCAGUGACCACUCGUGCCCUGUGGAUGGGGGCAUUGUCAUCCUAUGGGGCAUAGCCAUAGUAGCCAAAAUAAUGGCAUGCCCAACAUUUUUAUACUUGACCCUAAGCAUGAUGGGAUGUUAAUUGGUUAAUUAACUCAGGAACCACACCUGUGUGGAGGCACCUGCUUUCAAUAUACUUUGUAUCCCUCAUUUACUCAAGUGUUUUCAUUAUUUACCUGUAGCUUUCAACAUUUAAUAAUGGACAUUUUUAUUUUGCCUUGCUGGAGGCCACCUCACUAACCAUCGCCCCACCUCUCACCUCUCUUAGUUUUCUUUCUCUUCUCUCUAUCUCCUCCUUUCUUCUCCUCCUUUCUCCAUGCUAAUCAGAAGGUACUUCUAUUCUUACUCUUACUACCCGUAAGUGACUCCUCCCUAGUCUCUCCCUCCAUCUUUUCAUUAUGGCACAAUCUUCACCUGCUUGCCCUCUGUAGUCCUGGAAGUUGACACUUAUAGGAGAUAAGCAUCUCCUCCACCUCAUCCUCUAUAUACCUCUCCUGUCUAUAUUCUCUCUCGCUCUCUCUCUCGCUCUCUCUCUCUCUCUCUCUCUCUCUCUCUCUCUCUCUCUCUCUCUCUCUCUCUCUCUCUCUCUCUCUCUCUCUCUCGGCCUGCUACUAUCACAACAAAUAUUCCUUUAUCUCCCUCUCCUCGAUACAAUCUCUUAUUUUUCCCCUUUCUUCCAAUUUCUCAACUCCUUGACCUCAACCCCCCUCUUGCUAUUUCCUUAUUUCAAUCUCUCUCUUAUUCUUCCCUCCUUUUUAUAUUCCCUCUCCUCUUCACAUCUCCUCUCUUUGCUCUGUGCAGCAGGAAGAAGGUAGCGCUGAACAAGGCAGCCAUGUCGUACCGUCAGGAGAAGACCAGGAAGCUAGGUUCUCUGGACUGCAGCAUGACAGAGCAGAGCACCCUGCAGCAGGACGGGCACACCGCUAACUCCUUCAUGGACGCCCACACCUGCAACACACGGAGUAAGAACCAAGAACACCCUGAGCCCUAAGAGAGACAGAGAGUACAGCAAAGAGUACACUAAUCUGUAGGUUAACCCUGUACCUCCUACACAGAGACUAGAGAGGAGAGGAAGAGAGAUAUGCUCUAUCGCUCAGAGAUAUAUAGCGAUCCUCUAGCUCUCUUCUCUCUUCCUCUCUCUAUCUCUCUCUCUCUCGAGAACUUCCCUUCGCGUCUCUCUCUCUUCGAUUCUCUCUCCUCGAUCUCGAGCUACAGAGAUGACACGGCCUGAGAGAGACUAGUCUUUAUAUUUCCCCUUUCAGCUUCCCGCCUUCCCUGUAUACACACACUGCUAAGAUAAAGUACCUUCAGUUUCUCAGUCUUUCUGUUUACUUCUCUGUGAAUAUCCAUCUGUUUCUCUCAGUCCUUCAGCUUGCUUUCAUCAAUAUAAACUAUUCUUCUUCUCUCUCUCUCUCUUCUCUAACGACCUCUUUCAAUUAAAAUAUUCCACCGUGCCCGUCAACACGUACAUACAAUAUGUCUUCAUAGUGAUACCGGCUCUUCCUUGAUCUGCCUGGCAGACUGAGCAGAGUGUCAGUUGAGUGGGUGUUGUGUUGAGCAGGUGGAGGUUGACCUUCAGUCCCCUCACUGAGCCACGCGCUUUAAUAAAAUAACAUUUAGCCACUAAUACUGGCACUUAUAUAACAUAUGUGAUAUUGUGUAAUGGUUAACAUGUGUGUGUGUGUAUCUUUGUGUGUGUGUGUGUGUGCUCAUGCAUGUGUGUGUGUCUCCUCUAGAUGAACAGAGGAGUUCAGUGAACGAGUCCAGCAGCCUGUUGGGUGGUUCCCCACGACGGCACUGCCGUAGGAAGAGCUCUCCGUACCACACGGGUCAACUUCACCCCGCGGUCAGGGUGGCAGACCUCCUCCAACACAUCAACCAGAUGAAGACUGGAGAGGGAUACGGUUUCAAACAGGAGUAUGAGGUGAGAUGGAGAGAGAGAGAGAGAGAGAGAGAGAGAGAGAGAGAGAGAGAGAGAGAGAGAGAGAGAGAGAGAACUGAAAAUGGAAUGUGGGCGUAGCAUCCUUUGGGAUUUAAUGAUGCAAUUUUGGAGGCAGAAGGCAUUUUAAUACAGUUUCUCAUCUCUGAGUCCAAUGGCUUAUGUGUUCAGUAGGCUGCUGCUGGAAGCUUAUUUUAAUAAGCAGCAGUCAAUGAAAACCUCCAGUAGCUGUUUUAUACCAUCUCUCAAUGUAAAGCUAUUUUAUUCUGCUCAACUCUCUUUCAGAUCUUUUUCUGUUUCUACCAAGAGUAUAUUAAUUAAAUGGCUUUCAAGUAACUUUUUUUCAUUCUAUUUGUGAUUUACUACAAAGUCCCUCUAUUCGCCCGGUAGCAUUUAGCUUGUAUUUGUCCCCGAAUCCAAACUUCCAGGAUUCCAGAUGCGCUUUUCGAUUCAUUAAUCCCACCCCCGAAGGGCCCAACAAAUUCCCCCUCCUAAAAUCAAUACCGUGGUCGCUUUUUCACUCCUCCAUCGCUUUUCCGCUCCUCCCGUCUCGCUCCCUCCAUCGCUCCCCAGUCUGUCGCCUGGAGAAAUAAGAUGAAGGAGAGAUCAGUGUGAGACUGGGAUGUGUGUGUGUGUGGUGUGUGUAUCAGUGUGAGACUGGCUGUAGGACUUCAUAACCCUUAUUUCCCACUGGGCUGCCGAGGCGGCCAUUGAUCAGGCAUGCCGCAAAGUACUGUUGGAGCUUUUAAAUGGCACUACAGGGUUUCUGGACUGGCUCUACAGGGUUUCUGGACUGGCUCAGAUAGAACGAGGCUGAAGUCAGAUAGCCAUAACCAGAUUACAACCAACUGGUUAGACUGUCAGGUUAGAUCCAAUCCUCUUGACUAUCUUCAGGGCUUCUACCCAGCAGGCAAAACUGGUUGAAAGGAUGUCAUUACAAACCAGAUUACAACAAUGAUUUAUAUACAUCAUUGGAUUACAACCAGUUGAAGUCAUUUCAACCAGCUAUGCCUGCUGGGUAUAUGUUCAAGUUUUAAUGUCAAGUACAGUGAAAUGCCUUUCUUGCAAGCUCUAAACCCAACAAUGCAGUAAUCAAUAUCAAUUUAGUACUAUUAAAUAACAUACGGUAGAACAAAAACACACAAGAAACAAAAAUAAGAAAUAAGAACAACACGAGAAAGUAAGAAGCAACAUACAAUGUGCAUGGAUACUGGAGUGAUAGAGGUAGAUAUGUACAGUGGGGAAAAAAAGUAUUUAGUCAGCCACCAAUUGUGCAAGUUCUCCCACUUAAAAAGAUGAGAGAGGCCUGUAAUUUUCAUCAUAGGUACACGUCAACUAUGACAGACAAAAUUAGAUUAUUUUUUCCAGAACAUCACAUUGUAGGAUUUUUAAUGAAUUUAUUUGCAAAUUAUGGUGUAUAGGGGUAAGGUGACUAGGCACCAGGAUGUAUGAUAAACAGAGUAGCAGCAGCAUAAAUGAAGAUUAUAUGUGAGUGUGGGUAGAGUCCGUAUAAAUGUGUGUGCAUGUUAUGUGUGUACUGGAGUGUCAGUGUGCGUGAGUGUGUAGAGUCCUAUGUGUGUGCAUAGAGGAAGUGCAAAAAUGUACAAGGGUCAACUCAGAUAGUCCGUGUAGCCAUUUUGUCUUAUGGCUUGAGGAUAGAAACUGUUCAGGAGCAUGUUCGUGUCCGACUUGAUGCACCGGUACCGCGCGGAAGCAGAGAGUCUAUGGCUUGGGUGGCUGGAGUCUUUAACGAUUCUCCGGGCCUUCCUUUCACACCCCCUGAUAUAAAGGUCCUGGAUGGCAGGGAGCUCGGCCCCAGUGAUGUACUGGACUGUCCGCACCACCCUCCGUAGCACCAUGUGAUCAAGGGCGGUGCUGUUGCCAUACCAAGCAGUGAUGCAGCCAGUCAAGAUGUUCUAAAUGGUGUAGCUGUAUAACUUUUUGAGCAUUUGAGGGCCCAUGCCAAACUUGUUCAACAUCCUGACGGGGAAGAGAUGCUGUCACGCCUUCUUCACAACAUUUUAGUCAUUUAGCAGACGCUCUUAUCCAGAGCGACUUACAGUUAGUGAGUGCAUACAUUUUUUUCUUUUCAUACUGGUCCCCCGUGGGAAACGAACCCACAACCAUGGCGUUGCAAACACCAUGCUCUACCAACUGAGCUACACGGGACUACAAACAAUGAGCAAACCAGCCUUUACAUUUACAUUUUAGUCAUUUAGCAGACGCUCUUAUCCAGAGCGACUUACAGUUACCUCUACCAACUGAGCUACACGGGACCAACUGUGCGCUUGUGUGUGGACCAUUUUAAGUGAUUUGUAGUGAUUUGGACCCCGAUGAACUUGAAGCUCUCGACCCCCCAUUUGCUGUAGUCCACAAUCAGCUACUUGGUCUUACUGACGUUGAGGGAGAAGAUGUUGUCCUGGAACUACACUGCCAGGUCACUGAUCUCCCUGUAGGCUGUCUCAUCGUCGCCGGUGAUCAGGUCUACCAUUGUCGUGUCAUCAGCAAACUUGAUGAUGGUGUUGGAGUUGUGCGUGGCUUCAGUGGAAAUAAAGAACAUUGAUAGCUGAGACCCUGAUGUAUGAUAGUGCCGUGCUAAAGAAAGUCUGUCUAUGGAUUUGUUUAGUGUUAGUCAGGCUCUGCUCUAAAGAGUGUGUUGGUGGGAGAAGGAUAGAGAGAAUGAGAGAGAAGGAGAGAGAGAUGGAUCAUGUCUUCUCUAAGCAGGAUUAGGUAUAGUAUUACCUGUGUAGGAGUGAGGCGCAGGUGUAAUCCUCUGAUCAGCAUGCUGCCCCUGUCCCUGGGCUGUAGGUGGACCGGCCUCCCCACGCUGAUCCCAUGCUGGGAUUGGGCGGGCGCUGAUGAGGGACUUAGUGAGCUGGGGUUGGAGUGCCUGGAUGUGCAUGACAACGCAGCCAGGAUAUAAGUCGGACUUAGCAUUGGUAUGCUGCGAAUGCCAUGAACGUGACAUGACUUGGACGCUACCGCCGCCAACGCCACCGUGUUUCUUCGCAAACACGUCUGUCACACUCACUCAGUCAUUCAUUCUUUCUCUACUCUCUCUCUCUCUCUCUCUCUCUCUCUCUCUCUCUCUCUCUCUCUCUCUCUCUCUCUCUCUCACUCUCUCUCUCUCAUAACGUUGAUUUAAAUUCAAUAGCUCGUAUCGUGCUGGCAGAUUGUGUAAAUGGUGCCAUAAACAUCUGUCACAAAUGUAGCACUUUAACACCAAGUUAAAGUGCUACAUUAUAAAGCACUUGGAUUGCAGGCAGACCCACUCUCGAUGCAUAGGUAAUGAGAGAGACUCAAGCUCGCCUAUCUACCACCUUUUGUCCCCUCCUCCUCUUCUCCCCUUCUCUUCCUGUCCCCUCCUCUCCUCCCCUUGUCUUCCUCUCCUCAUCCUCUCCUCUUUUCCUCCUCUUAAUUCUUGGACGCCCUCCUCUUCCUUCCCGGCCUCCUCUCCUCUCUCCUUUCCUCUUCCUCCCCUUCUCUCCUCUCCUCUCCCCCUCAAGGCCAGAUCCAUCCCUCAUAGCCUCUUCUUCUCCUCACCAUUCUCUCAGAGAUGUGUCAUGACUAACAGAAAUACAAGCGGUGAAUAUGAUGGCAAAGUUACUUAGGGUAACAGUCUAAGUUGGGUAACUAAGCUAAGUAGUAAAACUAAGUAGAGUUUUGGUAGUAAAACUAAAAGGAGAUUUGAAUCUGAUGACACAUACAGUAUAUUCCUUGUGUCCUAGAGAUAUCUAACACUUUGGAAACCAAGCUAAGUAUUUCAAUGUGCUGUUGAAAUCUGCUGAUGACAGAAUAUCACCUGUAUGCUAACAAUAUCUCACUGUCAUGGUGACCACUUGUUCCUUCUCUUCUCAGAGCUUCUUUGAUGGAUGGGAUGUCACCAAGAAGAAGGACAAGACUAAAGGGAGACAUGACAGUUUGCUGGGGCGUAAGUUCUGUUUAGAACCUCGUUCUGGAAUGGAGUGGUAUGCCAUAUAUGGAAGAACAUUUGCAGGAAAGCUACUGUAACUUAACUUUGUUAAAAUUAAUGUACCAAUUAUAACAUGUCCUCAAGUCAGUUGCUAUUGACGACCACUACUUUAAAAAAGCUUUGUUUUGUUGAAAAUCUUUGUUAGUUUCACAUUAAAAGAGAUUAUACAUUUCAAAAGACUUCCUGGUUAAAUAAAGCUGACAUUAAAGUCCCUCUCUCUUGUUGAUGAUCUCUCCGCUGUAGAUGAUCAUCAUCGAGUCAAGCUACACUCCCUCCUAGCAGACCCCAACUCUGACUAUGGCAAUGCCAACUACAUAGACGUAAGUUACCCUCUCUCUCUCUCUCUCUCUCUCCAUCUCUCCUGCUCAAUUAUCCCUCUCUCCUGCUCUUGCUCUCUCCCUCUUCUCUUUACAUAGACGUAAGUUACCCGCUCUUUUUCCCUCUGUCUCGCCCUUUCUCUCUCUCUCUCUCUCUCUCUCUCUCUCUCUCUCUCUCUCUCUCUCUCUCUCUCUCGCUCUCUCUGCCCCCCCCGCUCCUCCUCCUCAAUCUUUACUGUCUCUGCCCACAGUUGCUCCUUAAACUAAGACUCAGCCGUACGAUCAGAGGCUGCACUUGUGAGCAUCCACAUAGCAUCUGA